UUUAGUUUUUUUAUAUAUAAAAAGCAGAAUGACAGAUAUAACACAAGUUUCAGAGAUAUGUAAUGGGAAAACUUAUAUUAUUAAACAUUUUCUCAUAAUGUUAUUUGGCAUAUCUGCUUGGAUUGGCAUCAAUGGAAUAUUUAUACAAACACCAGUGCUUAUCAAUACUUCUCCUGAAGGUUGGGCAUUACCAGCUUAUCUAAUAUUAGUAAUACAGGCUGCAAAUUUUGGACCAUUUCUUUAUACAAUCUUGCAAUACUUUCAAUGUAAGAUAAAUGAACCUUGGUGGAUUCUCUGUUUGCUAGUAUCAGGAACUGCUGCAAUGGGAUUUCUAAGUUUCUUUUAUUCUGAGAAAACAAUUAUUGCUGAUAAUGAAUACAGUUUGGUAUUAUUUAUUUUAACAUUUUUCAAUGCUUUGGUAGGUUGCUUCAGUUCUGUAUUGUUUAUGCCACAUCUUCGCAAUUUUAAUGAAAAAUUUUUGACAUCCUAUUUCAUAGGAGAAGGCUUAAGUGGUGUACUGCCAAGUAUAGUUGCUUUAAUACAAGGAAUUGGAAAUACUUCAAAUUGUGCAAUUCUUAAAAAUAAUACAUGUAUAGAAUCUUCAGAUUCUUUUGACUUAAAUUUCUCUCCAAAUGAAUAUUUUCUUUUCAUUUUUAUUAUUUUAUUUUUAUCUUUGACUUCUUUUGCUAUUUUAGAAUAUUCUCCAAUUUUUCAAAAUAUAAAACAAUGUCAUAAUUCUAUCAGUACAGUAUUUAGUAGGCAGCCAACAAAUGCUACUCAUGACAAUUAUCCUAAUAAUGUACAAAAGGUAAAACAUUAUUCAUUAGGAGGAAAUUCAUUCUUCUGUGAUGAUAGCAAAUAUCUGUCUAAACAUACACGAAAUUAUUUAUUUACAUUACUUGCUAUUUUCUGCUUUUUGAGCAAUGGUUUCUUUCCCAGUAUACAAUCUUAUUCUUGCUUGCCAUAUGGAAGCAUAGCAUAUAAAUUAUCAAUUACUUUUGCUCAAUUUGCAAAUCCACUUGUAUGUUUAUUAGCAUUCUGGUUAAAGAUAACAAAUAUAAAAGUUAUUAAUUACUUAUCUAUAAUAUGCUUGAUUAUUGGAAGUUAUGUUACAUAUUUAGCAUUAAUGUCUCCCUCCCCACCUUUACAAACAACGAAUCUUGGCAUUUUUUUAAUUAUUGUAUCAUGGACUCUCUUGACAGGAUUUAUUUCAUAUUUAAAGUUAAUUAUUGUAUCAAUAUUUAGGAAUACAGAGUUUCCCAAUAUACUUUUUUAUGCAGGUAUAAUUAUGCAAAUAGGUUCUGCAAGUGGUGCAAUACUUUCAUUUAUAAUAAUUAAUUUUACAAAUUAUUUUGAAAUAUGUGAUAGUUGCGUUUAA